AUGUUCGGUAACGGAGGCUUAGCUCUCCCUGUCUGCUCCUUCCUACUCAUUCACCUCCCGGCUCUCCCGCUGACCAACCACCGACCCGUUAAGGAGGUAUUUCAGUGGUGGGGGGAGUGGUCCAGUUGGUCUUCCUGUUCCAGAAGCUGUGGAGGAGGCGUGAGGAGUCAUGAAAGACACUGUCUCAUCCAGAGGCUGCCCUCCACCCUGAAUGUAAACGACUCAUAUUGUGUUGGUUCCACUAAACAGUUCCAGCUGUGUCUGAGCCAGCCCUGUCCAACGCCCAGUGUUAGCUUCAAACAGCACCAGUGUUCCCAGUUCAACUCUAAAGCCUUUGGAAACAGAUACUACCAGUGGAUACCACUUUACCCAGCUGAUUAUAUCAGCAUCUCCAAUAAGCCAUGUGACCUGCAGUGCACAACCAUCGGCGGUGAGCGGCAGCUGCUGGUUCCUGCUCAUGACGGCACUUUCUGUCGCGAUACCAAAUACCACGGCGUGUGUAUCCAGGGUAUUUGUCAGCCUGUAGGCUGUGAUGGGGAGCUGUACAGCACUCAGACCAUCGACAGGUGUGGAGUAUGUGGAGGAAACGGGACGUCGUGUCGGCGCGUCACAGGAUCCUACAGGAAGGCACUCACACAGUUAGGUUAUGUGUUCAUCACCAACAUCCCACCUGGAGCUUCAAACAUCCAAAUCAUAGAGAGACAUCAGACUGAGAACAUCCUUGCUCUUUCAGAUAAUGAAGGACACUUCUUCUUCAAUGGAAAUACCAUCUUUGACAAUCCUCAAAACUUCCAUGUGGCUGGAACAGUGUUCAAAUAUCGUCGUCCAAGCAGCGUCUUCUCUAAUGGGCUGGAGUACAUCAUCGCCCAGGGGCCCACAGGCCAGGCCCUUCGUGUUAUGUAUUACAACUUAAAUGGAAAACUGCCACACAUCACCUAUGAGUACACCGUCCCCCUGAAGCCUCAAAACAUCACGGCUGCCAGUAGUGUAACCACAGGCCCAGCCCACACCCAGGUGAUGGAGGAGCUGGGAGAAGAACAGAGAAGGUUGAUGAACAGCAGCAGAAAUGCAUCUAUCCGUCAUCAUAACACACUACCAGGAGCAGACGUACUGCUGGAUGAAGAUGAGGAGGUGUGGGAGGUCUACACACCCUGCCCAUCUCCUCCACCUGUGGCGGUGGUCUACAGACCAACUGAUGGAGUAGGUCAGGUGCUCAGCAGUAAUGAUGAGCAAGAGCAGGAACCUUCAUCACCAUCUGCAUACCGUCAGAGUGUUCAUUCUGCAACUCGGCCAGAGGAUGCUUCUUACCUGCUGCUGGAAAAUUUACAUCACAAUCAAACACACAGGCCUACACACACCAAAACACUAUCUGUGAAACAGACACCAACACCCAAAGACACAAGUUCAAUAACAGAAACAGCUGUACAAACUAUGGCCAUCAAAGAAACACAGACAGACUCACACUCAGAUGUAAAGACAGAAACACGCUUGGACAUACAAACAGAGACAAACUCGGAACUACAAACAGAAACGCACUCAGACAUACAUACAGAAAGACACUUGGACAUACAGACGGAAAGACACUCUGAUGUACAAACAGAAAGACGUUCAGACAUACAAGUAGAAACAGACUCAGACAUGUUCACAGUUACUGACACACACACUGUCAUCUUGGUUCAGAUGAAACAGGUGUCAGCAGCCCAGGAAGCCAACACAGAAAGCAAUGACUUUGAUCUGGAUUCACCUCCAGGAAUCAGUUUGGAUGACCUGUAUCGCUGGAAGGUUUCUGCCUAUGCUCCUUGCAGCUCCACCUGUACAGCAGGUAUCACCACAAAUUACGCCCAGUGUGUGAGGUAUGAUGGUGCCGAAGUUGAUGACAGUUAUUGUGACUCUCUGACGAGGCCAGAACCCACACAAGAGUUCUGUUCUGGGAAGGAAUGUCCUCCACGAUGGGAAACCAGUGGUUGGAGUGACUGUUCUCGGACCUGUGGAGAAGGUGUUCAGUAUCGUACUGUACGCUGCUGGAAGAUGCUGUCUCCUGGUCUGGAUUCCUCCGUCUACGAUUCACUGUGUCUGUCUCAUGAUCUUCACAAACCAGCCAAUAGAAAGGUUUGCUUCGGCCAGAGCUGCGGACCCCAGUGGGAGGUGUCAGAGUGGUCAGAGUGCUCAGCACGUUGCAGCUCCUGGGGAUUCCAGACACGAGAGGUUCGCUGUUCUAUGGAAACAAAACUGUGCAACAAAUCCUCUCAGCCAACAGGAAGUCAAGAGUGUGAGGGACCACCCUGUGACAGACGAUGGACCGUUUCCGAUUGGGGACCCUGCUCAGGUGUGUGUGGGGAGGGAAGGAUGGAGCGUGCAGUGACCUGUCGCUCUUCAGGUGGUUUAGUGAUGUCAGAAGAGCAGUGUGACCAAUCACGGCGCCCACUUGCCAUCUACCCCUGUGGUGACAGAGACUGUGCCCCCCACUGGGUGGAACAGGAGUGGCAGCAGUGUAAUGCUUCAUGUGGACGGGGUGUGCAGCAGCGUCAGGUGGUGUGUGCAGGACUGGAGGGAGGUGUGUUCAAAGAGUUUCCAGACAUCAGCUGUGACCAGACAAGCAAACCAGAGACCAAAUCCUCCUGCUUCCAAAGGCCUUGCUUCAAAUGGUUUACAACAGCUUGGUCCCAGUGCAGUAAGACUUGUGGAAGGGGCAUCCAGGUUCGAGAGGUCAAGUGUUACCAGGGGGAUGAGCUAGUAACUCGGGGCCACAGCUGCGACUCAGCUCUGAAACCAGAGUCCAGACAGCGCUGUGAAAUCCAGAGCUGUCCAACAGAGUCAUCAGAAGCUGCAGCAGCAUCAGCAGCCACAGACAUCUCCUGCCAAGAUAAGUCUACAGCAAACUGUGCUUUGGUUCUAAAGGUGAAACUGUGUUCCCACUGGUACUACCAAAAGGCCUGCUGCCUUUCCUGUAAGGCACAGAGACCCUAAAGUCACAGCAGCAUCUCACCAACCACAUCUACCCACUACUGGUCCCCACCACUGGCACCCACGAUCAACCACUGGUACCCACCACCAGCCACCUUUACCCACCACUGGUACCGUCCACAGACAAUUGGUGUCAAACAUUAUUUACUGGUCCUCUCUAGCCACUGAUAUUAACUAUCAACCCCUGGUCCCCACCACUGGUACCCACUGUCUUUCUUUAUCUCCCCAUCUUCUACAUGACUGAAAACAACCAAUCAGAAUGUCUUUAGACUUCUCUGACCUUUUGGACCUGGUACCCAUCACUGGUACCCUGUACUGGUACUUACCACUGACCAAUGGUAUCAAACACUGCUACCAAGCACCAAUCACUGGGCCCCACCAACCACUGGUACUGCCACUAAUCACUGGUAUCCCCACCCCUGGUACCUACCAACCACUUGUACCAACCACUAACCACCAGUACCCACCACCCCAGCCAUUGGCACCACUGUUGCUGACAGUGGAAGGCCUUGAUACAUCAACAUUAAUCUCACUACUGUAUCUCAAAGGUUCUGGUGUGGUCCCUCUGAGUGCUAUCCCUUCCUCCCUAUCUUUAUCUACAUGACUGAAAACUACCAAUCAGAAUGUCUUUAGACUUCUCUGAUCUUCUGGACCUGAUCUGCAUCACCACUCAAUGUGAAACCACAUUGUUUUUACAACAUUGUGACACACUUUCUCUUCAUUAAUAAAACA